GCGGCGCCUCGCGGGGAGGCGGGCCGGGCCGCCCGGCGCUGCCUUCCGGGGCUCGGCACGGCGGCGGCCGGAGCCGGCCAGGAUGUGCUCCGCCGUGCCGCUGCUGCUCUUCUCGGCCUGCGUGCUCCUGCCGGCGCUGCUGCCGGCCGCGCCCGGAGCCCACGGCAGCCAGGAGCCGGCGGCGAGCCCGGCAGCCGUGAACGGCAGCCGCCUGCCCGCCGCGCCGGCCGGCGCGCCCGGUAACCACAGCGGGGCCCAGCUCAGCCCCGUGCCCGCGCUGCUCCGCGACCUCUCCGGGCUGAAGGCCGCCGUCAUCGGGGCCUGCACCCUCACGGCCGCCCUCAUCGCCUGCCUUCUGCUCCGCGUUUUCAGGUCUGGCAAGAGGAUUAAGAAGACCAGGAAGUAUGACAUAAUCACCACCCCAGCCGAGCGGGUAGAGAUGGCUCCUCUGAAUGAAGAAGAUGAUGAGGAUGAAGAUUCAACAGUGUUUGAUGUGAAAUACAGGUAAAGCAGCUUCAUGGAGCAUCAGUGCCCUGCAAGAUGUCACUCUGCUGUCGAGGGACCUGCUGAAGCCGUAACUGUGAAAGGGGAGGCUUUCAUCUCUGCAGUGUUACAACCAAACCAGGCCUCACCUCUUCGAGAUGCUGUUUGUACAGCAGGCUAUGGAUCUCCUGACCAAAAUGCCACCAUUCAGUUCCCUGGUUUCCAAACUGCUAUCUUGGAAUGACCAGAGUUCCUCUUUGCAAACUCAGCUCUCCCUUCCUUCAGCGUCACUAAAGCACGACAAGGUGCAGCCCUGUGUACUGACUUAAGAGUUCAUGACAGUCUAAGCUGUGCAGAAGGAAGGAAAAGGAAGAUGGAGCUAAGCUGCCCCAUGGACUUCUU